GGUGAACCCGCAGCUUGCUCCUUCCCAGCGCCUCAGGCCCCCCGGCCGCAGGAUGGUGUGUGCGCAGGUGGAGACGAGCCCCAGGCGGUGCUGGCAGAAGGUGCUGUACGAGCGGCAGCCCUUCCCGGAUAACUACGUGGACCAGCGGUUCCUGGAGGAGCUGCGGAAGAACAUCCAUGCCCGCCAGUACCAGUACUGGGCUGUGGUCUUCGAGUCGGGGGCCGUGGUGCAGCAGCUCUGCAGCGUCUGUGUUUUCGUCGUCACCUGGUGGUACAUGGACGCCGGGAUGCUGAGCCCGCAGGGGCUUUUUGGGGCGGCCCUGGCCUCCUCCCUGCUUGGCUAUGUUCUCUUCGAUGCCAUCGACGCCGGGGUUGGGCGGCGAGAGAGUGGGCGGACGCGGUGGGCAGACCUGAAGAGCACGCUGGUGUUCAUCGCCUUCACCUACGGCUUCUCCCCGGUGCUGAAGACGCUGACGGAGUCCAUCAGCACGGACACUAUCUAUGCCAUGUCAGUCUUCAUGCUCCUCGGCCACCUCAUCUUCUUUGACUACGGCGCCAACGCCGCCAUCGUGUCCAGCACGCUGUCCCUUAACAUGGCCAUCUUCGCCUCGGUGUGCCUGGCCUCACGCCUGCCUCGCUCCCUCCACGCCUUCGUCAUGGUCACCUUCGCCAUGCAGAUCUUUGCCCUCUGGCCCAUGCUGCAGAAGAAGCUGAAGGCCCGGACACCGCGCUGCUACGUGGCAGUGACCGUGCUCUUCGCGCUGGCGGCACUGGCAGGGCUGGCAAGCGUCUCCAGUGUGGGUGCCGUGCUUUUUGCCUCACUGCUGCUCUCUAUCUCCUGCCUCUGCCCUUACUGCCUCAUCCGGCUUCAGCAGCUGAAGGACAACAUCCAUGGGCCGUGGGACGAGGCUGAGAUCAAGGAGGACCUCUCCAGGUUCCUCAUGUAGGCCUGGCCAGGGGGUAAAGGGGCUCUGUGCUGUGAGCACUGCAGAGGGACUUUUCUGGGGGGAUGCCCAGCCCAAUAAAACCUCUCACACAGCAGG